AGCUCCGGAUAGCGAAGCGCCGCUGGCAGGACAACGACACAAUAACACGAUUUCCAAUCAAAUUUGAACGCCUAUUUUUAUUCCAUUUAGCUUUAUUCUAGUUGGAUAUAGCCUACAUUUAUUUUACCUUAACUACAAUGGCGGACAGCAAAGUGGAAAGCAGCGGGGAACUCAGUGCUAAGGAGCUGAAAGAAAAGAAACAGGCUGAAGAGAAGAAUGGAGAUGAUGCUGCUGCGAAUGGCAAAACCGAUGAAGAGAACGGCGAGCAGGAGAAUGAAGUAGAGGAGGAUGAGGAUGAUGUUGGGGAUGAUGAUGACGAGGACGGAGAGGGUGACGAGGACGAUGAUGAAGAUGACCUUGAGGGACCAAGAGGGAAGAGAGCAGCUGAGGAUGACGAUGAUGAUGAGGAUGAAGUUGAAACUAAGAAACAGAAGACCGAUAAGUAGAACCUGCAGCACCCGCUCUGUUCGGAGGACACCAUCAAGAGACAGCCAGUUUUCCAGCAAACCUUCAACACCUCAGUCCUCCCUUCUUAACAGGAAUACUUAAAAAGAGAUUUUAUUUGUAUCUUAUUUACAUUUUAUAUUUUUCUAAAUACUGUCUGGAAGUCAGCCAUUUUGCAACAGUAAUCUCUCUGGGUAUUAAGUGGUGCUUUGAGGACUUUUAGAUCCAGACUCAUCAUCAGCUCUUCUUAUUCUGGAUGAACCAACCAGAAGCAUUCAGCCUAUCAUACACUAUACACAAAAAAACCCCUUUCAUACUUUCUGGCUCACUUUGAUUACAAUCUAGGAUUGUUUCUUUUGUCUAUAUAUGAACAAAAUGUGUGAUGACUUGUAGCCACAUGGGAGCGCAUUCUCACAGGGCUGAGUGUGUAUUAGUAAUAUUUUGUAUGAGAUUCAAAGGCUAUAAUUUAUGCUGUCUCUGAUUGUCUGCCUGUUAUUGCCAGAGUUUUAUGUUUUUGUGUCUGCUAUUUAGUUAAAAGACAAGUCAUUCCAUUUGUUUUGUUUUAAUGUGUUAGUUUCUAGUCUUUUUACCUGCAGUAAAAAGAGGCAAGACAAUGAGUUAUCAGUGAUAUGUGAUAUUUUCAACAAGUAGAAGUGCAAAGAUUUGAUUUCCUUUGGCCUCAUAGCCACAGUAAUAAAAUCCCACAUUGCUGUAAAUUUCUCUAUUUGACAGCAAGGAAGUCCCAUCUAUAAAACUUCCAUAUGUUGUGCUUGUAUAGUAAAUUUUUUAUCCUUUGUUUUAAAGAGUUAAUUUUUCCAUGUGGACUGUAAAAGACAAACUGGCCCAUUAAUGUUAGAUGACUCUUUUCAUACUUUCCUUUUAAAGAAUGUUCACAUUGUCAGGUUGCACUUGUCUUUGUUGACAGUUUCAAUAAAGUUUAUUUAAAACAUUAA